AUGGGUAAAAUGAAUUAUUUUCUCGGCUUACAAAUCAAGCAACUAGACAAUGGUAUCUUCAUAAAUCAAUCCAAGUAUUGCAAAGAACUCUUGAAAAGAUUUGACAUGGAUAGUUGCAAGCAAAUGUCUACCCCUAUGGGAUCCGGAACUUAUGUUGAUCAAGACGAAUCCGGUACUUCAAUUGAUAUCACCAAAUACCGAGCUAAUCCAAAGGAAUCACAUCUCACUGCCAUCAAACGAAUCAUGAAGUAUCUCAAGGGAAUGACAAAUGUUGGCCUAUGGUAUCCUAAAGGAUGUAAAACAGAUAGGAAAAGCACGAGUGGAACAUGUCACAUUCUCAGAAAUGCACUAGUUUCAUGGGCAUGCAAGAAACAAGCGUGUGUUUCUCUAACUUUAGCAGUCUGCGCGGAAACGAUCAUAACUGGAGUUCCGGGAAUCCGUUUGAGGCGUUCUAAAAAUCGCCGGAAAGCUAAGAGAGAGAGCUACGAAUUUCGUGUUGGAGUCGAAGUCAGAUUCGGAGCUCAAAAUUUCAGAAUUUCGUUUCAAGUUACAGCAUUAGAAUUUGUAUUUUUGUUGGGUCAUUUGUAG